GCCUUCUGGCUUCUGGGUGAUAUAGCCUUGCUCAGAUAACUAAGAGUUGAUUCUUCAAAGUGUGCAUUUUCUGAAGAAACUUUAAACAAAAGAGAUCAUAUUGGAAAAUCAAACACCACAGAUUGCUGCCCACAGCCUGUCUGGUGUUUGUCACAGUGGACCUAUGGCAUCGGUGCCUUCCAUCGGUUGUCUUCUGGCCAAAAACCAGUAUUAUCGAAAGUCCAGUAUUUCUUCACUUAGUUCAUUAAGUAGCUCUGACUCUGUGAGCUUCAUGGAUGAUGACAAGUCUCUGCAAGGGUUACCAGAAGUGGCUGAAUCCACCUGGUGGUUUAAAUCCUUUUUCCAUUCUGAGCCUGUGCUUUCAAAUGUAAGAAGCAAAGAUGUGUCUGCUAGUAGUAAUCAUAGUUGAAUCUGGGAACCAAGUUCUCCACUGAGACUCCAUGUUCCAGAGGUGAACUUUGCCAUCAGCCUGCCAGAGACCCAGAGGACACUUCUCCGUUAUAAGACGAGAGCAUGCAUGCCUGAGAUUUCAUUCAUGAGGAAUGAUCACAGUGCCCACAUAGAGCAAAAUAUGUAGGCAUUUUCCUCAACACUAACAUCAUCACAGUGACAUUAGCUACCUGGAGAAUAUUUGAAAAAUGAGUCAUCAGAGACAUGAGCUCUUUGAAAACAAC